AUGACCGCGUCCAUUUUUUUGCGGUUGAGCGCCAGCGGUUUCAUUAGCGCUCACUUGGACGACAGUCGGAACUCAAGUGGCAUCGUGGCCGGCCUUCGCCUCGGUUCCGCACGCGCAAUGACGCUGAAGCAUCCGAGGCGCCCCGAGGAGAGGGUGGAGCUGCUGUUGGCCCCGCAUACGUUUUACGGCCUCAUCGGCAACGCCUGCUAUGAGUGGGAGCACAGCGUGGACUGGGAGGCCGUCGACAACGAGCACCUUGAACGGGUACGGGGGAACCUGUUGGCGAAAGGAAGCCCCAUUGUUUUUGACGGGAGGAAAACGCAGUACAAGCGAGCGGAGCGCACUGCAAUCAUCUUUCGCGGGGUGCCUCCGCUGGAGCCGCUGCUUUCGAAGAUGCAGAAGAAACACCCGACAGCGUAA